AUGGCCAACAACCAGCCCAAUCGGACACCUUUCCUGACUGUCAGGAAGCUGAUACAACUUGUUAUCGAGACCCUUGGUAACGCCAAUGAGACCAAAAGUCUGGCGUUGAUAAACGCCAGGUCUGAGCUUGAUUUCGAGUUGAGUCUGGCUUCGAUAGAGCUUGUUAACUGCCAAUCCCAGCACUAUGAGCGACUAUGGGAAAACAUUGAUGUUUUACUUCGAAUUCUUUAUACCCUCGUCAUAGAGAACAAUGACGAUCAUCCGAAGCCGACGAACUUUUACCAACGAAUUGACCUGGCGCUCGCGCGUGCCUCCGACUACGAAGCAGACCCGACAAAGCCUUCAUUGAUCCAACUCCCGCAGACAGUAGAAGAAUUCCGAAAUAUAGCGCAAAAGGUGUCGGCCUGGAGACAAGACAAUAAGGUUGUCAAGUCGGACCUGGAAUUAGGCAAGGACGACGCCAAGAAGGAAGCGGCCGAGGAAUUCAUGGAGCAAGCUUACGAGUUCUACGACGCCAUUAUCAAGCCGCAGAAGGGGAAAAUGGCAAUCAAGGUUGCAGUCCUUGACACCGGAGUGGACAAAGAUGCGUUUGACUUCGGGGCGGAACGAGAACGUGGUGAUACAUCGCUGAAGGCGGUUGAAUCGUUCAUUGAAGAAGUCGAUGCUCGCGAUACCUAUGGGCACGGCACAGAUGUAGCAUCCCUGAUUGUGCAGAUGGCGCCGCACGUGGAUCUUUUCAUCGCCAAGAUUAGCGAGGGCAAAUGCACAAGUGAUGUGAGCGCGUAUGUCAAGGCGAUCAAGUGGGCAAUGGAGCAUAAGGUUCACAUCAUCAACAUUUCCUCCUCGAUAGACGAAGACGAAGGCAUUGAGGAUAUCAUCUCGAAAGCAGAAAGUCAAGGUAUCAUCGUCUUUGCUGCGGCCUCCGACAACCAGGCCAACAAACCGAGGCCCUUUCCCGCAAAUAUGGACAAAGUACUCGCCGUUUAUUUCACGGAUGGACGAGGUAACAUUUGUGACCGAAAUCCCCGACCGGUGGAUGAGGAUGCUAACAUCAGCACCCUGGGCGAAUGCAUCCCUUCACUAACCGGAGGGAUAAAGCCGCUCAGUGGGACAUCCUACGCUACGGCAAUCGCUUCUGGGAUGGCUGUCAACAUUCUAACACUUGCUGAUGAGCACCUAAAGUCGAAAAAAGACCAAUGGCUACGACGUCGGGUAUUCAGGAGGGAUGGAAUGAGGAAAAUAUUUAUACACAUCUCCAGAAAGAAAGAUCUACAAGGUUAUAAUUAUGUGUGUCCGAUUAGGGUGAAGGAAGUUGGGGAUCGAGGGAAUGAUUAUCGUGGCUGGUUCAUCGACGCUUUGCAGAAAUCAUGA